AUGUAUGACUAUCUGGUCGUCGGUGCUGGCCCGUCCGGGUUGUGUGCAGCAAAGACGAUUCUUGAAUGUGAGCCUGACGCCGACAUAAAGAUUCUGGACGCAAAUAAUACGCUCGGCGGUGUUUGGUCGAAGGAAAACAUCUACCCUGGUCUCAAGACAAACAACCUGCGUGGAGGCAUCGACUUUUCUGAUUUCCCUAUGCACGAUGGCUUCGGCAUUCCUCAAGGACAACACCCCACAGGCGAAGCAAUGCACAAUUACCUGGAAGCAUAUGCUGACCGAGCCGAUGUGGUGAGACUCAUCGACUUCGACAUCAAAGUGACAGAGAUCUCACCACUCGAGGACGACAAAGGCUGGAGAUUGAAGACGGCACUUGCCGAUCACGAAUACAAGACCAAGAAGCUGAUUGUUGCGACUGGUAUCACCAAUCAUCCUCAUCGUCCAACCCUGCAAGGUGCGGAUGGUUUCGGCGGACCAAUCAUCCAUUCAGCGGAGUUGGGUUUCAAGGGAGACGCGGUCUUCAACAAUCCCAAGGUCACGACGAUCGCAGUCCUCGGCGGUGGGAAGUCAGCAUACGAUGCUGUCCACCUCGCAGGGAAGACCGGCCGUCAAGUCGAAUGGAUCAUUCGCAAAUCUGGCAAAGGCCCAGAAUGGAUAUUUCCAAGCCAUACGAAGAUGGGCCCGUUCUCCGUACCACGCGAAUGGCUGACCACCCGGCGCAUUCUCUCCUUCUUCAGUCCAUGUCUAUGGAACGAUGGCUUCAGCAAGUUUCGAUCCUUUCUACACCAAACCUCAAUAGGAAUGUCGAUCGCGCAGAAGUUCUGGGCCAACCUGCACGCGGCCACAGUCAAGGACUGUGGAAUGCGCCUGCACGAAUCCACCAGAGUCCUGGAACCCCAGACAAGCCCAUUCUGGUACGGCACCGCAUCUGGUAUCUACAACUUCGAAAAGGACAUUUACGAAAUGGUCAAGAUGGGCCAAGUGCGCGUCCACCGCGAGGACAUCUCCCAUCUGUCCGCAGGCCAUAUCCAUCUCACAAGCAGCAAGGGAGUAGACGCCUCCGCCUUGAUCACCGCGACCGGCUUCUCCGCCAAACCAACCUUCACUUUUACCCGGAAGGAAACACACUCGGAUCUCGGCGUGCCGUCGACGUCCCUGACACCCGUACAGCAAGACUUCUGGAAUGCCCUCGAUGAAAAAGCUGACCUUAGGAUCGGCGAGGCCUUCCCGCGUUUAUUGUCUGGUCCGCACCUCUCCGCGACAUCGAGCGUGGUGAAACUCUACACCACGACGAUUGAUCCCGAGAUGAACUACUCACCCUUUCGAUUGUACCGGGCAAUUGCACCACCUGGACCGACUGCGCGAGGCGAUCACAGUCUGGUGUUUAUCAGCAUGUUCUCCAACCUGGCCAACACAGCGCGCUGCGAACUUCAGUGUCUCUGGGUCUACGCUUACCUCAAUGACAAGCUUGCGAUUGAGCGGGCCACCGUGUUCGAGGAGACGGCGCUCAUGGCUCGGUAUGCCAAGUUCCGCGCUCCCUUCGGACAUGGUCGGUUCUUUCCAGAUCUGGUGUUCGACCAAGUGCCAUAUUUUGACACGCUGCUGCAGGAUCUGGGUUUGAAGUUCUGGCGCAAACCGCAUAUAUUGGCCGAGCUGUUUGGCGCUUAUCGGAGUACGGAUUACAAUGGCGUUGUGCAAGAAUGGUCGAGAGCGAAUAUGGCACCGAGACUUAGGAGUGGAGAGAAGGAGCCACUCUUGAACGUUAACGGUGGUGCCAAUGCUUGA